AUGAGCGCCAUCAACGGAGGUGUAAACUACCACAACCCUACCCAGAUAUCUCUCAUGGACAUCCUGUUCCCCGGGCUUGGUGUGGUCUCUGCCUCUGCACAGCAACUGCUUGCCGGUAACAUGAACAGCUACACUCGACUGCUUUGUAAUUUGGGAAUGUUUAUCCUCUUCGCCCGCUAUACUGUCCGCUAUGUUUGGGAGCUAGUGAGAAGUUAUUUCACCUCGACAAUUUAUGUCUCAUACUACGACGAAGCAUACGAUAUGCUAGUUGAUUGGAUAGCCGACCAACCCUUUGUCCACAAUGCCCAUUCAUUGAUUGCUCGUGUGAGAUCCACACAGCGGACAAGCAACCUCUAUUCAACAAAGAAAAAGCCUCUGACUUUUUCUCCUUGGGAUGGAUCAUUUCUUUUCUGGUAUAAGGGACAUUUGCUCGUUCUCCACUGCGAUGUUAAAGAGCAUCGAGAAGAUCUCCGCAUCUCCUCUAUUGGCCUCAAUGCCAACAUCCUGAAAAUUCUGAUCGAAGAGUGUCGAGAAAAGUAUAUUAAAAACACCCAAAGAAAGGUCUCUGUCUUCGAGAACCGCGAAGGGGAGUGGAAGAAGGCCAGGUUAAGACCAGUUCGACCCAUCUCCACAGUCAUAAUGGACAACGAGGUAAAGGAUGACAUAUUACGAGAUGUGGACGAGUUUCUCGACCAAGAUAUGCAAGGUUGGUACGCAGAGCGGGGCAUUCCCUACAAACGAGGCUACCUCCUUUUUGGACCACCUGGAACCGGGAAAUCUAGCUUCAGUCUAUCACUCGCGGGGAAGCAUGAACUGGACAUCUAUACGCUUCAAUUGUCGAAUAUUUCGGACACCACGUUGAUGAGGCUUUUUGCUGAGCUUCCGCCACGUUGUAUUGUUCUGCUAGAGGACGUGGAUACCGCUGGGGUAGGACGUCGGGACAGCGUCGACGCAGACCAAGAUAACGAGUCAAAGUCAGCAGUCACCUUAUCCGGACUUCUGAAUGUGCUUGACGGUGUCUCUUCUCAAGAGGGCCGGAUACUCAUUAUGACCACGAAUCAUAUCGAACAUCUGGACGAAGCACUGAUUCGGCCUGGCCGUUCAGACAAGAAAGUUCAUUUCAAACUUGCCGAUCAGAACAUUUCGACUCAGCUCUUCCACACGGUUUUCAAGCAGUUGCCGAACCAAAAGCAAUGCAACGAGAAAUUUGACCAGGAGACAGUUGAGGGGCUUGCUCGCGAUUUUGCCAGCAAGCUGCCCGAGCAAGUAUUCAGCCCGGCAGAAGUUUUGUCAUUUCUUUUGGAGCGCAAGAAGUCGCCCUAUGAUGCUGUUUCUGGCGUGGAGAGUUGGGUGUCGAAGACAGGGUAUUGA